AAAAAAACACAUUUAAGCGAGAAAUAAAGGCUAAAAUCAGAAAGUUCACAAUAAUCAAGCUUUCCAUAGGAUAAAUCAAGCUUCCUAUCUGACAGUGACGCACUCUCAUUGAAUAUUCAACGAACCCUUUCAAACCCAGCCAUUUCUUUGUUGACUUAUUCCAAAACAAACCUUUAAACUAUCCACACCAAGCCAUGUAACUUAUCCUGCUACUCACACUCCGGCUAACUAAUUCCGGCAUGGAUACCCCACCGUUCCACUUCCUCUACUUUCUCCUCCUUAUCCCCUCCACUCUCGCCCUCGAUUUCAUCUUCAACUCCUUCAACACAACCACCAACCUCACUCUCAUCAACGACGCUCGGGUCGAAUCUCCCAUCAUCCGCAUGACCAACGACACCAACAAAUUCUCUCUCGGAAGAGUUUUCUACCACACUAAACUCCCCAUGAAACCUUCUUCCAAUUCCUCAAACAUCACUUCCUUCUCCACUUCCUUCAUCUUCUCCAUCUUACCAGAUGUCCCCAAUAGCCCCGGCUUCGGUCUCGCUUUCGUCCUAUGCAACACAACCUCCCCUCCCGCCGCAUUAUCUAGCCAAUACUUCGGCUUAUUCUCAAGCGCUAAAACCGCUACCGUUUUCCCUCUUCUCGUCGUCGAAUUUGAUACCGGGCAAAACCCUGAAUUCAACGACGAAAACAACAACCACAUCGGAAUUGAUCUCAAUAACAUCUUAUCCAAAAAACAAACACCUGCCGGUUAUUUCAAUUCCACCGGAAGCUUCGUAUCUGUUCAAAUGAACAGCGGUGAAAACAUCCGAGCUUGGAUCGAUUUCGACGGCAAGAAUUUGGAGAUAAACGUUACUGUUGCUCCCGUCGGUGUUUCACAACCUUCAAAACCAACGCUUUCGUAUAGAGAUCCUGAAAUGGCUAAUUAUGUUUCUCCUGAAAUGUUUGUUGGAUUUUCAGCUUCCAAAACGAAUUGGAUUGAAGCACAGAGAGUUCUCGCAUGGAGCUUCAGCGACUCAGGGACUUCGAGGGAGUUAAACACGGCGAAUUUACCAGUGUUCAAGCGAAAAUCGGCGUCUUCACUUUCUGGCAAAGCGAUUGCAGGGAUUGCAGUUGGUUGUUUUGUUUUUGCUUUGAGUUGUGCGAGUGUGUUUAUAUUAUUAUAUCUUCGAUGGCGAAAAAACAAAAGAAAAGAAGAAGAAGAUGACGUUGAAGAUUGGGAAAUGGAGUAUUGGCCGCAUAGAUUCUCUUACGAUGAACUAAGCAUAGCCACAAAGGGUUUUCAAACUGUUAUAGGCUAUGGAGGGUUUGGAAGUGUUUACAAAGGGACUCUCAUGAACAAAACAUUGGUUGCGGUUAAACGUGUAAAACAUGAUUCUAAACAAGGGUUAAAAGAAUUCAUGGCGGAAAUUUCAAGUAUGGGAAGGCUUCAGCAUAAGAAUUUAGUACAAAUGCGUGGAUGGUGUAGAAAGGGUAAUGAACUCAUGUUGGUUUAUGAUUACAUGCCUAAUGGAAGCUUAAACAAAUGGGUUUUUGAUAAAUCCGCACAAAUUCUGGGAUGGGAUCAGCGUCGUAGGAUUCUUGUUGAUGUUGCAGAGGGUCUUAACUAUCUUCAUCAUGGUUGGGACCAAGUUGUUAUCCAUAGGGAUGUUAAAUCUGGUAACAUUUUGUUGGAUGCUGAUAUGAGGGGAAGAUUGGGAGAUUUUGGUUUGGCUAAGCUUUACCAACAUGGACAAGUUCCAAAUACUACACGUGUGGUGGGAACGUUGGGGUAUUUGGCGCCGGAAGCUGCAACGGCUGCGGCCCCAACUUCUGCGAGUGAUGUGUAUAGUUUCGGGGUGGUGCUGUUGGAGGUGGCUUGUGGGAGGAGGCCGUUGGAGACGGAUGUGGUGGUGGAGGAGAUUGUGCUUGUUGAUUGGGUGAGGGAUUUGUAUGCAGGAGGGCAUGUGGUUGAAGCUGCUGAUUCUAGGAUUAAGGGUGAGUUUGAUGUGGAUGAUAUGGAGAUGGUGUUGAAGCUUGGGUUGGCCUGUUGUCAUCCUGAGCCGGAUAGGAGACCUACCAUGAAGGAAGUUGUUGCGUUUCUUCUUGGGGAGGAUGCAACAGAGGCGCCGGGGAAAGUUUUGUCCGAUUUGGCUCAUGGUGAUGACAAUGGUGGUGGUGGCGGCGGGGGCAGGGAAUCGAAUGAAGAGGCCCCUUUGCAUUCCUCUAUUCCUAUAUGACGAGUGACUUCACUGCAUCAUAUGGUUGGAAUUUUGUGAUUGGAUUUUUAUGGAUUGUCUUUGAUAAUUGGCAAGUUUCCUGUAUAGGGUUAGAUUAUUUCCACUUUCAAUAAAGUCCUUAGAUACACUAAUUAUGUUAGGAAAUUUGGUGCUUGUAUAAGAGAGUGUGAUUUAGUUGCUUUCCAUUAUCGUUCAUUAUCCUUAUUUGGAUGGAUGAACAUGUAUAAUGUAUGUAUAUAUGAAUAAUGACAAAUGGAUAGAUCAUUAUUCUUCCUGUAUA